GUACGAUUGGAAAUUUGGAAUCGAUUAGAAUCAAAUGCUGCUACUGCGGCCUUACUAUAAGAGAGCCAAAAGCAGAAUGUUCUUAUUAUAAUAUGAGACGGAACUGAAAAACUUUUAAGUUUCAGUGAGAUAUUGGUUUCUUUCGUUUGUCUAUCAAUCAUCUAAAGAGAAUGCCGCGCAUAGUCUUUGUUACUAGAACGGAACAUUUCAGCGCUUCCCAUCGUUUGCAUAGUAUCCAUUUGUCAGACGAAGAGAAUGCUGAAAUAUUCGGAAAAUGCAACAACCCAAAUGGUCACGGUCACAAUUAUAAAGUGGAUGUCACCGUAAAAGGUGCAGUGGAUCCGAAAACUGGAAUGGUUAUCAACUUGGUUGGACUAAAAAAGAUCAUGCAGGAAGCAAUUUUGGAAGCUAUGGAUCAUAAAAAUCUGGACAAAGAUGUACCAUUCUUCCAGACUGUCGUUAGGACAAAAAAAGAAACAACCAAUUUUGACUUUCCAGCACAGCAGAAAAUAUCUGCAUAUUUAUUUGGGACCGAAUCGUGGACGAGUUGCCACCAACUGUGAAACUGCACGAAGUUAAGCUAUUCGAAACUGACAAAAAUGUGGCGUUUUACCGGGGUGAAGAGGCAUAAACGUUAACAGCCAAAAAGAUGCAAACAUGAACUUUCUUCCGUGUUGUAGUAUUGAAUCUGUUUUUGAUCUUUUCUCCUAUUACGAUUAAUAAGCAUGGCGGGUGUGCUGUAAAUUUUUUUAGCACUGAAACGGACGAUGAGCUCGUAGAAUCUCUUUUUGCAAUUGUUAAAAAUACUCACUUUAUGCCCACUACCAAGGCGGCAUAACAAAACUUUAAUUUUGGCAUAUUAUGAGCCACAGAGUUUCUGUGCUAAAGUAAAUGCUUGUAAAUCAGACGAAUAAAACACAA